AAUGCAAGAUGGUGGUUUGUUAACUUGGUUGUUUGGUUGAUUUUCGUGCUUCGAUUUGCGAUUGUGUAAAUUUUCAUAAUAAACCUGUUUGUUUUUCAUGAAAAAUGGUGAAUUCAUGUUGUGUAACAGGGUGCAAAAAUGAAUCUUAUUCUGGUAGCAGCUUUUCUUUCCACAAAUUUCCGAAGAAUGAAAAUCAGAAAUUGAAGUGGGGAAAUGCAGUGCCUGGAAAAAUCUCAAAAUGGUCUGUUGUUUGCAGUGCACAUUUUAAAUGUGACGACUUUAUUCCUGGUUAUAUUAGGAAAAUGCUGAAACCUGAUGCUGUUCCAUCAAUAUUUCCUAAGGUCGUGCCCUGCGAAAAAAAAAUACAUGUUUUAAGCAAUAUAUGUCUAGAGGAAGGACCAGCACCAAAAAUGAUAAAUCUGCAAGAAAGUGUCAAAAAAGAGAUAAAGGAAAGUGUUUGCACGCAAACACCAUCUGAUGCAACUACUGCCACACCACGUAAAAAGAAAUUACGUCGAGAUGUCAAAGUCUUACAACAACGCCUGAAAAGACGUAAUAUAACUAUUGAUAACCUAAAAUGUUUGUUAAAAAUAGUUAAAGAAAAGUGUGAUAACUAUUCUGAAGUUGAACAGAUGGUCCAACAUAAUUUCGAAAACAUUCACACAAGUUUAAAUACGACAAAAUCCAACACAUCCAAUAAAUAUUCAGAUGAAAUGAAAUCGUUUGCUUUAUCAUUGUAUUAUUAUUCUGCUAAAGCCUAUUUGUUUUUGAGGAAUCGUAUUCCUUUACCUCACCCUGCAACUCUGCGAAGGAUAUUGGCGACGCAUAAAUGCAACGUGGGUUUUAUGGCAGAAGUGAUGGAAUUCCUGAAGGUUAAGGCUGAGAACGUUGAAAUGAACGUCGCUUUAAUUUUUGAUGCAAUGGCCAUCAAAGCUGGCAAGCAAUAUGAUAAAGGGUCAGACAAGUAUUGGGGUGGCGUUGAUUUAGGUGGAAUAUUGACAAGUGAUUCUGAAACAUUUGCUACAGAAGCCUUAGUGUUUCAAAUAGUAUCUCUAAAAGAAAAAUUUGUCUGCCCUAUCGCUUAUUUUUUUAUAGAUAAGAUUUCUGCGCAUGUACAAGCUCAGCUCGUCCUGACAGCGAUUCGUAUGCUGGCUGACAUUAAUAUUGUGGUGAGGUCUUUGACAGCGGAUGGGACACAGGUAAACAUAAAAACGUUUGAAAUUCUGGGGUGCAAUUUUACCCUUGCAAAUAUGAAAACACAUUUUGAUCACCCAAUUAAAUCAACUAAAGUAUACUGCAUACUUGACCCCGCCCAUAUGAUUAAAUUAGCCCGUAAUUUAUUUGCCGAAACUUGUUUGUCAUCGGAAAAAGGGGAUAUUAAGUUCGCAUAUAUACAGAAAUUGCAAGAUUUGCAAGAGGAAGAGGGGCUGAAAUUGAAAAAUAAAUUGACUAGGGUGCAUGUCGAUUUUUUUGGCAAGAAAAUGAAUGUCAAAUUAGCUGUUCAAGUACUCAGUUCCUCUGUGGCUGAUGCAAUUGACUAUCUGAGGUCAAUUGGUCAUCCUAGCUUUGCUGGGAGUGAAGCCACAGUGGAAUACCUACGGUACUUGAACAGACUGUUUGAUGUUCUUAACGCCAAUAAUCCUAUAGGGAUGGGUUUCAAAUCUCCUUUGCGACUUAACAAUAAACACGUCUGGACACAGGUUUUCGAAGAAACAAGACAUUACUUGACUGAACUUAAAGUCGAUGGGAAAAAUAUAAUGACCCAUAGAAGGAAGACACCGGUUUUAGGACUGAUAAUAGACACUUACAGUUUUGCCGAAUUAGCAACUGAUUUGUUUGAUGCUAAUAUGACCUACCUAUUACCAUACAAGGCAUCACAAGACCACAUUGAAAUGUUUUUUUCAUGCGUAAGAGCAAGAGGAGGGGCAAACGACAACCCUACUGCCCUUCAGUUUAUGUUUACUAUGCGAAAGUUGCUAUUUAGUAACAGUGUCAGACCAAGCAUUAAUGCAAACUGCACAAAUCCCGAUUAUGAAAAUUCUGCAAUACUUGAGUUCCGAAGUACCAAAAGAUCGAUCGUGGAAGAGAACACUGCAGAUGAAAAUGAGACAGAUAAGAGUGAUGUUCUUAUGCACUUAGUAGACAGAACCGAUUUAUCGGAGUAUAAAAACAAUAUAUUGUACUAUAUAUCUGGCUACAUUGUAAUGAAAAUUUUAGACAAACUAACAUGUCAACAUUGCCGAGCCUUGCUCAUAACGCAUCGUACACAUAAAGAUCAUGACUACUUGAUUGAUGUCUGUGAAUUUUCUUCCUUUACAGCCUUUGUAGACAGAGGAGGGCUAAAAUAUGCUUCACCAUUUGUGUUCGAUGUAGUAAAAUAUUUAGAAAAACUUUUUUUGCUAAUUUCUCCUGAUUUACAGAGUUUGAAUGUGAAAAAGAUGCUUAACAUGACUUUACAUCAUUUUUCCCCGAAAAUUAAACGCAUUUUGCCUGCCAACCAAAGCUCUGACGAAUCUCACGAAUUGGAAUUGAUUAAAUGUAUUGGUCAAAAAUACUUAAAUUUAAGACUUAGAAGCUACGGGAGGUCCUUAACCCUCAAGCACGUAGGUGAUAAGGCUACAUUACGACAAAAAUUGCGUAAAACUGUAUUGUUCAGCAAUGUAUAA